UUAGUCAGCGCCGGGCUGCGCCGUCGCUGCUGCGCCGGCUCCCGCGGGGCCGGCGGCAGCGCUCCGCUCCGCGCCGCCCCAUGGCUUCGUCGGGCAGCGGGAUGGAGGAGGUGCGCGUGUCGGUGCUGACGCCGCUGAAGCUCGUGGGGCUGGUGUGCAUCUUCCUGGCGCUCUGCCUGGACCUCGGAGCCGUGCUGAGCCCCGCGUGGGUCACGGCGGAGCACCAGUACUACCUGUCCCUGUGGGAGUCGUGCCGCAAGCCCGGCGCCCUGGACAGCUGGCUCUGCGAGUCGACGCUGCACAGCGACUGGCAGAUCGCGACUCUUGCUCUGCUGCUGGGCGGCGCUGCCAUCAUCCUCAUCGCUUUCCUCGUGGGCUUGAUCUCCAUCUGCGUGGGCUCUCGGCGGCGCUUCUAUAGACCAGUCGCGGUCAUGCUCUUUGCUGCAGUUGUUCUUCAGGUGUGCAGCUUAGUCCUUUAUCCGAUCAAGUUCAUCGAAACAGUCAGCUUGAAAAUAUACCAUGAGUUCAACUGGGGCUAUGGCCUGGCAUGGGGUGCAACUAUAUUUUCAUUUGGGGGUGCCAUUCUUUAUUGCCUGAACCCUAAGAACUAUGAAGACUAUUACUAAAUGAUUUAAUGAAAAGAAAAAUAACAAAAGGAUUACCCCAUCUUUUCUAACUCACAGUUUUUUUUAGAACACUGCGGAGCACCAAACAGUCUCCUCUGUUGAAAAAAUAGCCUUGCCUUUUGGGUGUGAACACUAUAACCAGCUUUUACAACCAUUUAAAGAACUGCGAGCACUAGGAUUGCUGAUCUCACAUAGGCAAAUGCUGCAAGCUGCUGAUACAUAAGCUUCGUUUUUCCUGACAGCAAGCAAAGGAUCUACAUGACAGCGAUCAUUGUGAGAAUGAGAAAGCAAUGCCAGCAUCUGCCAUUGCCUUCAGGGGAGCAGCUGGUAUGAGUUCCAUUUAGAAGCUUCCCUCUAUCAUAGAGGAUUCAAAGGUUCGGAUAAGUGGGCAGUGGCAUCUUGUACACUAGGCUGUGUUGGCCCCUUGUUCCUUGCCCAGAAAAGCUCUUAAGGAAUGAGUUGCAAGUGACUGUGUUGAAGGCAGUGAAUGUAACUGGUUAAUGACUUGUCUAAUAUCUGCAUUCAACAGUCUUCUGGGUGGGUGGAUAAAAAAGAAAGAAAGACAAAAAAAAAACAGGAUUUCAUCAAUUGGUAAUCAACAUUGCCCUGCCAACUGUGACGGAUAGCUGAAGGAAGUCCAAAUUUGGAGAUAUUUGCUUCUGACUGUGCAGUUGGAAGCUGCCUCAGCCCUGAGUGUUUUGGGAGGUUGGGGGAGGUAAGGUAGAGUAGAAAAAGACCUCAUAAAUCCUGGGGCAUCUAAAAAUGCAUGAGUGAAUUGCACUUGUCCAAAACACAUGUCUAAUGGCCAAACAUCAUAAUGAAAAAAUGCAUAUGGAACAUGCAUAUAUUUUUGGAGGUCAUUGUUUGUAAAAAGGAAUAUACAUGAUACAGUUAUAAAUGCAGAGGAAGGGAGAUAAUUAAUCUUAAAAUUGUAAUAUGAGCUGUGAUGCAGUAGUUAAAAUACUGUUUUUGUACACCUUCUGAAGCAGCCUGGACUGGUACCUUUGAUUUUGAUUGGUAUUACAAAAUAAACAUGAAAUGAUUUGUCUUUUGUUGAUGCUCUUAUACAAACUCGAUAUUAUGGUAAACGUUUAAAAGUUUACAUCAGGUUAAGGUAGAAAUGGAUGAAAUGACUACUUGCUAUUCCGUAUGCAAUCUAGUACUUAUUAAAAGCUGUUUUGUAAGGCUGUUGCAAAGAAAAAAAAACUGCCA